AUGGCAAAGCCCAAUCCCCUUGCCACUUGCACCUUUGCGCCACCUACAGCAUGGUCCCAGCAGCCACCACCUGCUGGGAUUGUCCUAGGCGCAACGUGGAACCCCUGGGUAUCCUUCACAGCAUACCUCCCCGCCCUCCAACCUGCCAUCUACAUGGGGGAAGCUGCAGAACUGCUCCAGGACUUCAGGUCCGUCCUCAUGAAGAAUGCUGGUGUGCCGUCAAUUGAUUAUGUCCGUGCAUCGUAUAAUGCCGACGACGUGGCAACAGAAACCGCAAGCGGCAGCAGCGGUGUCACCACAAUGCGCCGUCUAAACCGCCGCCGUGGAAGGUCCCUAAUGCAGUCCUCUGCCUUAACCUCAUUCCCCGUUCCAGUUACCAUUUAUGUCCUGGUUUGGUUCCCCACGAACUGGAUGUUUCUGCUCGGUCCAACCCCUGGUCAGACAUCCCUGGACUGGCUGGUGUUUCGGCUCCUGCAGUUGCCCUCCCUGGUGUUACAGCACCAGGACUAUCCACAACUGAACAUCUCGGGUGUGCAGGUGACAGAUGUACGUUGCUCCGUGGCGACGCCCAGUCUUCGUCUGCGCCCUAAUGUUGGCGGAGGGACACAAGUGGAAUCCAGUAUUCCUAAUCUCGGAAACGACGUGCUUGGGUGGGAAGGGCUGGCAGCACAGGCUCCGGAGCUAUUGCUGCUGCAGAACAUGAGUGUCGGUGCAGGCGUUGGAAUCACCAUUAACAUAGCGGCGGUGGCGGCCGCGAACACCAACCCUCCAUCCAUAUCACUACAGGGUGCCGCUUAUUUGGAGACCCCUUUCUCUCCCAAGGAGACCUUUAUCGAGCCGCCUGUCGCAGUGUACGACAUUAUUGAUGCGAACAGUCUCCCCAUUAAUAGGUCAUACAUGAUUUGCCGCCUCCCGCCUGGCGGAGCAGCGGCGCUGGCGGUUGACAUGACCGCCGGCGUUGUUGACCUCAUCCACAGUGGUGUUAAUUGUAGCGGAGGCGCUGCGGCUCUGUACAUUGACAUGACUCGGCCCAAUCAGCCGGGAGAGGUGUACGUCAUCAAGUACAGUGCCUGGAACAGCCGAGGCAUCCCUGCAAGCCCAAGAUUUCGCCUUGUUGUCAUUACGGACGCUUGCGGGCAGAAAGGAGAAUAUUUCUGCUUUAAGCUGGGUCGGUGCUCCAUCGGCGGGAUCAUGGGUGUGGCAGGCCAUCAGCAACUGUGCAGCCCUCACCGGCGGCUUAAUGGAGUUUUCGGCUUUGGCCCAGCUGGUGUUAGUGAUGGUGCCGGGGUCGGUGGAGGAUGGUGGCGGUUCUCGGCCAUGGGGUACUUGCAGGACCUCACCCGCAACCGCCUGGACGAGCACCUAGCACUGUGUGUGUGGAUGUUUACCCAGGACCCGGCCGACCUGACACGUACGGCACUCUCUCGGCCUAUGGUGCCCUUUGUUGACCUCCAAAGGCCAACAACAAAGACGGAAUUUGGCAACCAUACGCACCUGGUUGACCGGCAAAUAAACACGCAAAUAGCCUGUGGGAUCGGAGCCCUCGCUUGCAGGUGCGUCAACCUCUUAGAUUUGGUCUUCGGUACAAUAUCCCUGGGAAUGGACCUGGACAACAGCAGAGCCCACAGCAGCAUCAGUGGCAGCAGUCGUGGUGGAUCUACGCCAACCACGUCCAACACACUGGUGUUUAAUUUGGACAAAAUUGCCAUAGAUAGUGCCGAUAAGAACGGGAUACGGCUGCCGGUGCCUAAGGACACCCAGGCCCCCCGACUGCUCCUUAUGGGCCUUGGCAAGCCGUACAUCAGCACCGCUGGCGAGCCGGUCAUACUGGAUGAAGUGCCGUAUGGAUCAGCCUGGACAGAUCCAGGCGCUACCGCCUUCGACAUUGACGAAUUCGGCGCAACAAUCAACCUGACGAACGCUAUCCAAGUGUACGGCAUCACUGCUGUCGACACUUUCGCUGCCACACCUCCGCCGGCUCUGCACAGCUAUGUCAUUCGAUACAGCGUGACCGACAGCAGCGGUGUGGCAGCCGUCGGCUGGCGCUUAAUCAAGAUCAUCUGCACCCCGCCAGAAACGUUUUGUGUGGAUGACGAGGGGGAAGGGCAGUGCACGGUCAGCGGUGUGUGCGGUUUCGGCCGGUAUUCGUCUGCUUUCAACAGCGCGGCUGGUGACCCCACCGCCAACGGUGGUGGUAGCGCUAGCAGUGGGAGCGCCGAAGGCAGCAGCAAGCGCAGCAACGCCACCAGCCAGUGGGGUGUUGAAGCGGAUGGGUGGGAGCCAAUGAAUGACCCGUCCGCCCCACGCAUCGCUCUGCGGGGCCCAAGACUGGUGGAAAUCCCGCAGUUUGGCAGCUUUGACAGGUGCAUGAAGGACAUGCCGGCUAGUCUCCCUUGCGACGCCGGUGCACGCGUCCUGGACCCGUUGGAAGGGGACCUGGCCAGCAGGCUGCGGGUAUGCGGUCAGCCAUUCACGCCUUCCAGUACGGCGGCGACGGCAUACACUACCGUGCCGGUGCUGCUGGCCUGCAACAUUUCCAGUUCGAUCCCCGGCGUGUACACAAUUACCUACGAUGUUUCCAACAGUGGUGGCAGGACGGCGGCCACCAUGCGCACGCUGGUGGUCCGGGCAGCUUGCCUCCCUGGCGAACAGUUAUGUAGCGAUAAUGUGACCUGCUCUGUGGACCAGGUGUGUCUCAGCGAGCUUGGAUCCAUCGGCAAGCUUGGAAGACCCCAAGCAGCCGGAGUCGUUAGUCAGCAGGAAACUCCGCCUAACCAGGCCCCCACCAUCGAGCUCCGCGUCUCGGAAGCAGCAUCGAUGCUGGUGCAUGUUAUGAGGGGCGCGAGGUACGACUAUUGCAAUGGCAGUGUACCGACUUUCGACAAGCCGUGUGAGCCAGGCGCCCGAGCAACGGACCCCGAUGGCGCCGUAUCAAGGAAUGAGGCUACAUCCUCUUCGGUGCUGGUUGCUCUCGAUCUGACAGGCGCGGUCAUAGCCUGUCCACCGGCGGCGUGUUUGUCAGCCGAAGGGUGCACGACGCGGGAGUUAGAGAGCUACACACUGCGCCUGCGCGGGCUGGCAGGCUGUGGGAUCAACACGCUGGCGCCGGUAGGGACCAUCUUCCCGGUAGACUUCUGGGUGUGGGAUAACGCCCGCGCCAAUGCUACUGUACGGCGUUACGUCACCAUCUCGGACCCAUGCGCCACUUCGACCGUCACAAGUGUCAUGGGUACCACGGGGAACAUCAGCGGCUCCCCUCCCUUGCCCACCACUUACUGUGAGGACCCACAAGGAGGCCACGCCACGAGCAGCUCCAGCACCCACUGGGGCAGGGGUGCCUUCGUCUUGGUCGGUGCCGACUCCGGCCUCACAGCAGCCCUCCGCAACUCUUGGCCCAGGGUUCGCUUGACCAGCGGGUCGCGGCUGAUAUAUGCCUCUGGCGAGACCCUCAUGAACCACUGCCAGUCCGCCAGGGCGCUUAGCAUGCCAGUGACGGUGGAGGUCGUGUACCGGCCAACUGCAUGCGCUUUCAGGAGCCACAGCCGUCAUGUGGCCAACACAUGCUAA